AUGUUCCGCCACCCAGCAGCACGUCUGAGGCAAAUAGUCUCGCCUCUGCUCAAGCGGAGUGGCACUCGAGCGCGGACUGGAGGCGAGCAGGCAUUCAAAUCCGGACAACUUCAAAGACCCUUCUGGAAUUCUGGGAGAGUCCUCCUCUUCUCUGCCGUCACUGGCACGACCACAUACUUCUACGGUGCCAAUGAAGAGCCUCAUCGACUCCCGAUGCCGUGGCUCAAAUCCGCGGGUCCCCAAUAUGCGUCCAAGUACGAGAUGGAGAAGGCACUCGUAGAGCUGAGACAGGCGCUAGGAGAGGAUGCCAUCAGUACAGAUGACGAGGAUCUGCACAGACACGGGUACUCGGAGUGGUCGUCUAUCAACAUCGACCAACUACCAGUAGCGGUAGCAUAUCCAAAAUCUACCGACGAAUGCGCAAAAAUCGCCAAAGUGUGCUACAAGUACAAAAUUCCCAUGAUUCCGUACUCGGGAGGAUCAAGCUUGGAGGCCAACUUCUCCGCCCCCUUUGGUGGCAUGAGCAUCGACUUUUCAUUCAUGGACAAGAUUAUAGCUCUGCACGAAGACGACAUGGACGUUGUUGUUCAGCCUUCCGUACCCUGGAUGAGCCUCAACGAUCAGAUCAAAGACUCCGGUCUAUUCUUCCCCGUUGACCCGGGUCCAUCAGCUCGGAUUGGAGGCAUGGUGGGUACCAGCUGCAGUGGGACCAACGCCGUACGAUACGGUACGAUGAAAGACUGGGUCAUCAAUCUAACCGUGGUGCUUGCCGAUGGCACCGUGAUCAAGACAAGACGUCGACCCCGCAAAUCAUCAGCUGGCUACAACUUGACCAACCUCUUCAUUGGCUCUGAGGGAACGCUUGGGAUUGUGACGGAGAUUACCCUGAAGCUGGCAGUAGUGCCCCAAGAAACGAGUGUCGCAGUUGUGACGUUCCCUACGAUACGAGAUGCCGCAGCCGCAGCUUCCAAAGUAUUGCGAAGAGGAGUGCCUGUGGCCGCCAUGGAAAUCAUGGAUGAGGUGCAGAUGGGUGUGAUUAACAAAGCCGGGUCAACAAGCAAGAAAUGGAAGGAACUCCCCACCAUGUUCUUCAAAUUCUCGGGAACCAAGGCAGGGGUACAGGAGAAUAUCGAGAUGGUAAAGGAGAUCGCCAAGCUACACAAGAGCGGAGAUUUCGAAUUUGCCGUAAACGCCGAGGAGCAGAAGACACUCUGGUCGGCGCGCAAGGAGUCACUCUGGAGUAUGCUGGCACUCCGCCGCGAAGGCGACGAGGUCUGGUCUACAGAUGUCGCGGUUCCAAUUUCACGACUACCUGAUAUCAUCGAAAUCUCUAAGAAGGAAAUGGACGAUCUUGGUCUCUUUGCGAGCAUCCUAGGCCAUAUUGGCGAUGGCAACUUUCACGAAAGCAUCAUGUACAACAGCAAGGAUCCCAAGGAGCGGGCGGCUGUUGAGAAAUGCGUCCACGACAUGGUCGACCGCGCGCUUGAGAUGGAAGGCACAUGUACUGGUGAGCACGGCAUCGGUCUAGGCAAGAAGGAAUCACUGCAGAAGGAGCUUGGUCUGGACACGAUCAAUGUGAUGAGGAACAUUAAAGGCGCAUUAGACCCGUACUGGCUCAUGAACCCGGGUAAGAUCAUGGACGCUCAGGCCUAGAGUGUGACUGUUCAUUCCUUCCCCUGGUUUCUUCGUCGAGCAUGCAUUGGGAGGGUGUCUACCAUUCUAUGCUGCAUAUGUUCUGUGUGUGCGAAUAGAUUUCUCAUAACUUUCCUUAUCAUUUUACGAAGUAUUUGAGUAAUGAAAAGUCUGGCUUCGCAAAA